GCCAGCCACAAAACUCUCCAUUACCAUCUCGGCACAGAGCUUCCUGACAGGCACUCUCUGAAGAACAGCGUGAGGCUGGCGCUCCGAAUCAAAGAGAAAACCCGUUGUUUUAGAGGCAAAAUUUUUGAGUGAGCCAUGGAACCGCUGCGAGCGCCACAUUGUAGGAAGAGAAUGGGUCCAGCGAGGUAGAACCCCGAAUAUCCCCUCCGUGCGGGAUUACAUGAAAUACGAAGAGGUCUUUUCAUUGCGCAGAAUGAAUUCUUCAAUGGAGAGAAACUUUUUGAUCAUCGUCUGAAUAUAAAAUUGGUAUAUAUUUCUCAUAUGGAUGAUUAAUUAUUCACCAGCUCUGGCCUCAUUAUGAUUGCCACCGGGGGUCUUCUGAGGAUCUCAGCCAGACGCCAAGACUCCCUCCGUGCCAAAAACCGAGCGGAGAACAAGCGUAAAAGGAAGGCCAAGAAGAAGAGGAAAAGCGAGGUGGUGGUAGUGAAGGGCAAACUGAAGCUCUUCUCCAUUUCUGGUCUGGUCGCUGCGCUUGGCAUCCUCGUGCUGCUUGUGGGCAUUGCCUUGGCAGUACUGGGAUACUGGCCCAAGGACAGCCUCUACCCACUACUCACACCUAACAGUUUACAGAAACCAGUUAGACCUGAAGAUGUAAGAGUACCUAAAUCAAUGAACUGGACCAAUAAUGGUAAGCUCAUUCAUCAGCUAAAUGGACACCUGGUCAGCUCCAAUCAUUCCAAUGGCACAGACGAGAAUUCACCAAAGUUGGGAGCCUUUGCUGAGUUUUUGAAUAGACACUUAUAUUCAGACAAGCUAAAAGUGUUCGGGCCAUUAAUUAUGGGCAUUGGGAUCUUCCUGUUCAUUUGCGCCAAUGCAGUGUUGCAUGAAAACAGGGAUAAAAAGACAAAAAUUAUUAACCUUAGAGAUAUUUACUCCACAGUUAUUGAUAUUCACAGUUUGCGAACCAAGGACAAUGCUUCGCACAAUGGAUUUGUAAACUAUGUACAAUCAAAGGGGCUUGAAGACAAACCAGGAUCAAAAUAUAGUGCUGCUAUGCUAGCAAAGGAGUCCUGGCCAUCUUCAGGCACUUUCAAACUGGACCAGGGGAGCUUGCCACCAUCGAGACGAUCAUCCAAUGAAAAGGCACAGGACUUUUCCCUGGAUAGGCAUUCAUUCACAGAUACUGUGUAUAGCAUCUACAGGGAGCAAGAUAGAACCACCAAAUUGUUAGCAGUGCCCAAGCACUGGGAGAGCAGAACCUUCAUGACAAAAUCAGGCAAUGCUUUCACGCUACCAAUGAUGAAGCUCAAUCACAGGUCCGUAGAAAAGAGGAGGGGCUCGGACAUGACUGGGAAGGUAAGCAGUGAAUGUUUGGAUGCAGAUUCUAUUCGCCAUUGCCUUGAGUCUCUGGCAGCAUCUGGGAGCAUCACCAAAGCCAAUGUGGAAAUGGCUCAAACUCGGGCCAUCCUUUCCCAGGAUUCAGUGGAGGUUUACAAGAGCAGUGGCAGCCUGCAGGGGAUACCACAUAUCUCCCUUCAGGGCUCCCAAGUUCAACUGCUUCCUGCUUCACCUGCCAAGGUCACAGGCUCUCACCUGUCCCUGAGUGCCCUAUCAGACUACUCCAGGUCCAUUGACUUAGGGAUCUGCCCAUCCACCCCUUCCCACCGGCACAUGGAGCGACCCAGACGACUCAGUUGCCCUCGAAUGGAGGGCCUGAGCAGUGGGGGUUACAUCAAACUUGAGGGCCUUGGGGGAGAGUCCUUUGAGUCCUCUGUGUUUAGCUCUGCUGAUCCUUUGUCCAAAGGUGAGGUUUCAGAAUCUCUCCCUGUUGAAGAGGAGGCUGCUUCCAGUGAACCUGACAGUGGUGUGGUCAGACAGUACUCAAACAAAGAAAAACUCAUCAUGAUUUCCCGAUCAGACACUACUUUGGAGGACAUUGAAACAGAAAGUGUAGAAAUCUAACUGAACUGGUAAGUUGAGACAGUGAAUUUAAAUUGUGGAUUUAAUAGGGACAUUAUAUGCGACUCAUUACAGCAAUGGAUACUUUAGCCCUUAGAGAAAAUAAGUUUAUGCAUUCACUUACUGGAGUGGUCUCUAGGUAACAAUCAGAAUAUAAUCCAUACCAUAGGAAUUAAUUGUUUAAUGCCUUUCAAGAUGCAGUUUGCAGUGACACAAUUUGUUAAAAUUAUACUGGCAUGUCAAGUCCAAAGACAUAUAAUUGCUGUUGAAUGAACGAGCAAAGCAAAAAUGAAGGGCAGCAAAAAAGCCUCAGUUCUGCAGUGUGAUAGCACAGGUGUGUCUCUACUGGGUUCAGAUUUUUAUAUUUACAGUAGAAAUACAAUGUGGCUGUUCCACCCGUGUAUUGUCUAGUUAAUUAAUGAAGAGUUGCUGUCUCAGCGGCAUGUAUUUUUUACUGUAGUGUCUUUUUUUAAUUAACGAGAGUAUUGAUUUUUAAAAAAUGUUUGACUUGAUACAUAGCAAUAUCUUAUUUAAAAUGUGGACUGGCUGUGAGAGAAGCAUUAUGUUUGCAUUUUGACCUGAAAAUUAUGUAAUCUUUUUUAUUAAACUUGUAUGUUUCUGUUUUUUUUAGAUGUCUUGCUUGUUUAGAAAUGGCUGUAAUGGCUUUUGCCUGAAUUAAAUCCAUCCUCUAGCACAAUCGCCUGCUCUGUUCAGUAUCGUCAGAUUCCAUGAGCUCCUAUUCAAAAUACCCUGAUAUGUUUGUGGAUACAAAGUCCUGUGCGAAUGUAUUUUUUGUACCUGAUUAAAUGUGGGUAGUGUUGAACAAUGCUAUCUUAAAG